UUAUUAUGCAAACCCAUCUCGAAUUCGCGAUCCAUCCAUUCUCUCUCGCUCGCUCUCCCAUGGCGCUCCAAACCCUAAACCCGCGGCACGUGCUGCCGCUGCCGCUGCCUCGGCGGCGCGCGCCGCGGCCCCGCGUGCUCCACCGCCCGCCGCCUCCGCGACGGAGGCUCGAGGGGGCGGCGCGGCCGCGGGCCGUGGCGGUGGCUGUCAACGAGGCGAGGAGGCGGUGGCCGCCGGCGGAGGGGGGAGGGGAGGAGGGGAAGGAGACGGACCUCGCCACGCUCGGGAACCUCUGCGUCGACGUCGUGCUCAGCGUGCCCCAGCUCCCGCCGGCGCCGCGCGAGGAGCGGGAGGCUUACAUGGAGCGCCUCGCCGCGUCGCCGCCUGACCAGAAAUUUUGGGAGGCUGGUGGAAACUGCAACUUGGCCUUUGCUGCAGCUAGGCUUGGGCUUCGCUGUUCCACACUGGGGCAUGUAGGAGAGGAAAUUUAUGGGAAGUUUCUUCUUGAUGUGCUUGAGGAGGAGGGCAUUAGUGUUGUUGGGAUGCUUGAUAACUCUGAUUCUGGUGCAUGCCGAAAUGCCUAUGAGACCCUUCUUUGCUGGGUUCUUGUAGACCCAUUUCAGAGACAUGGAUUUUGCAGCCGAGCAGACUUUAGUGAUGAGCCAGCUUUCAGUUGGAUACGUAAACUCCCAGCUGAAACCAAGACAGCUAUUCAUCACUCCAAAAUAUUGUUCUGUAAUGGCUAUGCUUUUGAUGAACUUUUCCCUGAUGUGAUCUCGUCCGCUAUUGAUUGCGCAAUUGAUGCGGGAACAGCAGUAUUUUUUGAUCCUGGUCCUCGAGGAAAAUCUCUCUUACAUGGUACCCUUGAUGAACAGAGGGCACUUGAGCAUUCUCUGAGGCUCAGUGAUGUUCUGCUUUUAACAUCAGACGAGGCUGAGUCCCUGACGAACAUCAGAAACCCAAUCCAGGCAGGGCAAGAGUUGCUGAAGAGGGGGAUUCGCACAAAGUGGGUUGUCAUAAAAAUGGGCUCAAAGGGAUCAAUCAUGGUUACGAAGAGUGCUGUCUCCAGUGCACCUUCAUUUAAGAUUGACGUUGUGGACACCGUUGGAUGUGGAGAUAGCUUUACUGCUGCUAUAGCUUUUGGGUUCCUCCACAACUUGCCAGCAGUUAGCACACUGACACUAGCAAAUGCAGUGGGUGCUGCAACUGCCACUGGCUGUGGGGCAGGUCGGAAUGUUGCUCACCUGGAUAAAGUAUUACAACUCUUGAGAGAAUCCAAUAUCAAUGAGGACGAUACGCCGUGGAGCGAGUUGAUUGAAGCAAGUUCAUUCUGUUCUGAAGUUUCAGUGCUGUCUAAGACAGCAGUUAAUAGUUUCAGUGACCGCCUUGUGCAUGUUCCUACUUGCAAUGUGGUUUCCAACCUCCUUUCUAUGCUUGAGGCAGUGUCGGAGCGAAGCACAGUUCAGGCUUAAUCCCAUCUUGAAUGGUAUAUGGGGGCCCUUUUUUGCCAUUAAAUCAUUCAUAUAGAUUCUUCUUUUGCCAGACCGUCACACUGAUUUCAUGUGACGAGUGAUAGUUGGAGGCUGGCCACCAGGGAAAGCUAUUUGUUGGAAAGAUGUUUUGGAAGCUAUUAGUAAAUGUGCAGUAGUGGUCUCGCCUAGAAACAUCGUAUUUUACCCUAACUUUUGCACUAUUUGUUGGAACAUGGUGUCCCUUUAACUAACCAAGUUAUCUUCGACUGAUCAUCUGUUUGCGCCAAUGAUAUUUUGCCCCUUUCUGGAGCCA